GACACACCAUCUUUUCUAUUAGAAAUAAUUAGAUCUAGAUCGAGAUUUAUAGAUCUACAUUCUAUAGACUAUCACUAUAGAUAGUUAUAGGACUAGUUCCAUCAAUGACAGAAAUGAACAUAAAAAUAAGUGAACUUUCAACACCAUGCUUUCUUGUGGAUAUUGACAAAGUGAAAGAAAAUUGCCAGCAUAUGAUAGAUACAUGCAAAAAAUUGAAUCUUCAACUUCGACCCCACACAAAGACACACAAGACUAUUGAAGGAGCUAUUCUCCAGACUGAUGGAGCAAAGCGCUGCAUAGCAGUUUCAACACUUGCGGAAGCUGAGUUCUAUGCAGACAAUGGAUUUGAUGAUAUUCUCCUAGCUUAUCCAAUAACUAAAGAUAAAAUCAAAAGAUGUCUGAAUCUAGUAGCCAAACUAGAAACUUUUCAUGUGAUGGUGAGUGGGAUGGAAGGACUGAAAUGUUUGGAAGAUAACAUACAGAACUUGCCAGAUGGCAAAAUUUGGUCAUUGGUGCUCGAAGUGGACGCUGGCUAUGGAAGAACUGGAUUUUCUUAUGAUGGUGAGGAAUUAAUUGAUGCAGCCUUGAGAGUGAAGAACUCACAAAGGAUGAGGCUAGAAAAGCUGUACCUACACUGUGGAGACUCAUAUCGCCUGAAAACUAUUUCAGAGAAACAAGAAAGUCAAAAGACUAACAUUAAUACAUUGACAGCUCUUGAAAAAGUGUUAGCAGAAAAAGGAAUAACCUGUACAUCAGGUGUGGGUUCAACCCCCAACUGUAGUUUACCUGUUCAAGAAAACAGCCAGCUAACGGAGUUUCAUCCUGGGAACUAUAUUUUUUACGAUUACAUGCAGUACUUAUUUGGCUCCUGUCGUGAAUCUAACAUUGCCUGCAAAGUGAUGACAAGAGUGAUUGCUCAUAAGCCAGAAAAGAAUUUAUUCCUUGUUGAUUGUGGAUUCCUGGCCCUUGGACAUGAUGGGAAGAAUGAAAGAUUUCCUUUAGACUUCUGUUUGAUACAAGGGGAGAGCAAUCUGAGGUUUGUUGAUAUGUCGCAGGAGAUAGGAAAAAUUACUGCAAAGGAAGGAGAUCUUAACUUUUCUCUCUACCCCAUAGGAACCAUUUUCUACCUAUUGCCGUAUCAUAGCUGUUGUACCAGUGCCCUACACAGUGUGUACUACGUCCACUCUGGUGAUGAAGUUGUUGCCACAUGGAAACCUGUACGGGGAUGGUAAACCAUCAACAUUCAGGAUUUAACAACAGCAAUGAUGGUAAAUCAUCAACAUUCAGGAUUUAACAUCAGCAAUGAUGGUAAAUCAUCAACAUUCAGGAUUUAACAUCAGCAAUGAUGGUAAAUAUUUCAUCAACAUCAGGAUCUGACAACAGCAACGGUGGUAAAUGUUUCCAUCAACAUUACCAGUAAAGGUAACUGAAUGAUUGUAUUAUUAACAGGAUGGAUGAUUUAACAGUAAAGAUGAUACUAAAACAAGAAUGAUACAACAAUGAUAACAUUACAGCAAGGAUGAUACAGAUUUGGUAAAUAGCAAGAAUAGUAAACGUUUCACUGACAUCACUACAUAAAAUUGAUGUUUAUUGUACAUGAAUACCUAGCCAUGCAUUGCAUUUUUUUUCUUAUUUAUUAUUAUUGGUUUCUUGCAUCUUUUUGAUAUUAAACAGAAAAAAGUUAUUUUAGGAUGGUUUACAAAAAAAUAAUGAUAUGCAAAUAAGUGGGCACUUUAAAUGAUGAAUCAUGCACUUAGUACUCAGUGAUUUAAUUUUUUUAUAUUGGAGAGGAUGAGCUGACUAACAAAAUUAUGCAUUUACUUUUAAUUUUAAACAAAGUAAACAAGACAUGAAGCUAUAGACCAUAAUUGCAAACACUUUUUAAAUAAUUAUCAUGUAAUUACUUUAUUUUUUAUCCUUUCUAAAUGUGUUAGAACUGAAACAUUAAUGUGCCUUUUGCCUUGUUUUCCCAAAUGCUGUAUACAUCAUUUAGGGGAAAAGUCUUUCAAAAGCUCUUAUAUAUUUGUUCAGUGUUUAAACAUGAAAUUUACAUAUUUGGUGGAGGACUCCAGUGCAAUU